AUGCUUACAUCACGGUAUGAUUUCUACAUUGGGAUCGCUAUCGGAGCUGGUUCGGUAAUUAUUAUAAUCAUCGUAGCAACGAUUAUUUUCUGUAAAUGUUGUGUGCCUUCAUCGAGUCAUCGAUAUUUCGGACGAUCGGCCAGUAACUAUGCUGCGAUAAAUAAUAUCGAUGCGAAGACGUAUUUCAAACCGCCGCAACAUCUCACUUAUGUACCUAUAGUUCAUCGAAUUCGACAACCGCCGAUUAUCACGCAACAAAUAACACCGCCAUCUGCUCGCACAUCAGUUGCAUCCGGCGGUCGUCUAUCGAUUCUAUCUGACAAAUUCUCUCGAUUAUCGAUCAGUUCCAAUCAGUCCGGACGACCAUCGGUAGCGUCCGAUAGCGCUCUUUUGCCGAAGAAAGGUGAGUCUGGCCGUCUGUCUCAUUCAUACGAAGAUACCGAUACUCAAGCCAUCUCUACUCAUUAUGCCGGUCGACGCAGUUCCAAGCCUGUACCACGUUUAUCAGCUACAGACGGCGAAAACCUGCUAGCAACGUCAUCACCAACUGGUACAAACAAUACAAAAAAUAUUAGAUUCCAAUUAUUUCCUCGUUCAUCCGAUGCUGUCGAACAAUCGAUUUCAUCCGUCGAUCAGUCAACUAGUGGUACGGAAGAAGCACCAGUCAGCUCUUCGAAACGAUUAUUAACCAAAGUUGAAUCGCAUCAAGUAACGAAUCCAACGCGACGUCAAUCAUUACUCCGUUCACCAUCGACACGUUACACAAUACCGAAAUUCCCGAUUAUUGGAAAACAGUCGAUUUCUAUUCCACGUGCUUCCAUGAUAACGAUCGACCAAGGACAUUUAUCUCCGCCGCUCGUUUCUCAGUCAAGCUCUCAAUUUAGUAAAACUAAAACACUCCGUGGUGCGUUAGGAGCAAUCACGCCUGAUCUUUAUUUCACAAACAACACGAGUACGGCGAAUAGUAACGGUAAUGGAAACAGUGGGAUGACUUUAAACAAUAGUAGUACAAAAGGAGAACGAAUUGCUGAUGAUGCUUCAACGUCGGAAGAAAAUUUGUAUCGAUUGCACCUUCGUAUUCAUUACGAUGAACAUCGAAAUGAUCUUGUUGUGAAUGUCAUUGAGGCUCGGUGUUUACCCGUUGAACGCGAAGAUUUAUCGAAUCCAUAUGUCAAGAUUUACCUUCGCCCACCUAUCGAUCAAAAACUACGACAAACAUCUGUUCAACCCACAACGCUAAAUCCCCUCUGGAAUGAAUUUUUUAAAUUUGGUGUUACAAAUGAAACAGUAUUAAAAUCGACAAAAGUUUUAUAUUUAUAUAUAUAUAAUUAUGCACAUUUAAGUCGACCGGAAUGUAUCGGUGAAGCCCAGUUACGAUUAACACCACAGAUCUUACGUGCCAACGAUGAUCUUUGGUGUUCAAUCAGUAAACAACGAGCAGAGGAUGAAUAUCUUGGAGAAUUGUUAGUUUCACUGACAUAUUUACCGCAAGCUGAGCGACUCAAUGUUGGCAUUAUUGAAGGACGAAAUCUCAAAGCACUUUUCAUGCAUCUCGAAGCAGAUCCUGUUGUUCGUUUAGUUUUACAGCUAGGUCAAACAGACAAAGUUAAACGUAAAAAGACAAGUGUGAAGCGUAAUACAUUGAAUCCGAAUUGGAACGAAGAAAUUUCGUUCAACAUUCCGGGUGUAUCCUUGAUCGAAUCAGCUCUGGAAAUCGGUGUCUAUCACCACGAUUUGAUAGCACCUGAUGAACCAUUGGGUUUCCUACGUUUCGAACACGUUUCACCGAUCAGUAGUGCUAAUAUAUCUCAGCACAGCGAAAUCAUUCAUUGGUGUGAGGUCAUCAAUGGUGAACAGCGCGCUGCAUGUUGGCAUUUAUUACGAAAAGCAGCGCGAGUAUCGAAUACCUCCUCGUCUAAUAAUAAAACCUCUCAACAACAACAACCAAGGAAUUCAACCACUACUAUCAAAUAA